CGCUGAGGCUGCGGGGCGGAGACGUCUGGCGCAACCUCGCCGUCGCCGUGGCGCUGCCGUACCUCAAGCGCCGCCUCGACGAGGCGCACGAGGUCGACGCCCCGCGCGCGCUGCUCGGCGCCGCGUACAACCGGCUGCCCGAAGACCCGACGCUGCGGGACCGCGCGCGCCACGCCCUGCGCUGGUUCCUGCGCCGCGUGUACCCGGGCGUGCACGCGGCGUGCGCGCUGUGCGCGCUGGCGUUCAACCUCGCGUACCUGUUUGACGACAGCCGGUACCACAGCCCGCUGCUGUGGCUGGUCGGGACGCGCGUGCGGCGCAUGACGGGCGCGGACUACAGGGCCAUCGAGGAGCUUGCUGCCUCGUCGGCGGGCAAGAGCGCGGGCGGCCGCGGCGGCUCGCCGCCCGGCCUGCGGGCGCUGCUCGCGUCGCCGCGGGAGCUGGCCGGGCGGGCCGCGGCGGGCCUGUCCGUGCUGCUGCCGACGAGCAUCUUUGCGCUCAAGUUCCUCGAGUGGUGGCACGCGUCCGACUUUGCCAAGCAGCUGUCGCGCAAGGCGGCCGAGUCGCUGGAGCUGCCGCCGCCGGUGGUGUCGGGCCUGCCGGACGGGUCGCUGAAGGGGAUCCUCAAGAAGAAGAAGAAGAAGAUUGCGAACGACGACGGCGACGAGGAGGAGGGGGAGGGGGAGGAUGACGGAAAGAAGAAGGGGGGAAAGGGGAAGCUGCACGGGGAGGAAGAAGAAGAAGAAGAAGAAGAAGAAGAAGUACUACCCAUGGCCGAGAACGCGCCGAUCGCGACGCCCUCGCUGCUGCCGAUCCUGACGGUGCCCGCGCCCGCGGACUCGGAGCUGUGCCCCAUCUGCGAGGGCGAGAUCGCGACGGCGACGGCGUGCCAGACGGGCGUCGUGUACUGCUACGGCUGCAUCCACCGGUGGGUGGCCGGGGAGCACCCGCGGCAGGAGGAGUUCAUGGCCGACAAGGCGGGCCGGUGGGAGAGCGGGGAGGGCCGGUGCGCGGUGACGGGGCGGAGGGUGCUGGGCGGCACGGAGGGCCUGCGGAGGAUCAUGGUGUAA